GAGUUCAUCAAGACACAAAAAGAGAGUUGUUAACAUCUGAACUAAUAAUCUGUGCGUUUGAUCUGCUAAAGAAUAAGGGACUGGAUAGGACAACUUCAGUUGUACUCUGUUUGAUUUUAAAUCUGUUCUUGGUACUGGACAAACUGGGGCCAAAGGACAGGAUAAAACCUGAAAUUCUUGUCCCGCACUGAACCACAUGACAACUUUUUGUCCUCUGCACGUUGUCUAAAAUACCAAAAUAACCUUUUGUCCACCAAAUAUCCUACAACACAAAAUUUGUUCAAUACCUUAAACGUUUGUACUGUUAUGUCCGGUACUUACAUUUUGCAGAUCAAAUGGACCUUUAAUUUGUUUUGGUAUAUCAUAUGUUUUCUGUUUUCGUGUAUAUCAAACUAUUAUUAUUAAUUUGUUACAUUAUUAUUAUAUAUAGUGGUACUUUUGUCAAUAAAUAAAUAAAUUAUAGUAGUAUAAAAUUGAAUAUAGUAAUAAUGUUUAUUAAGUCUCGUACUAUCUAGGUUUUGUAUUACCAAGGGAGGUUUAUGCAGAGUGGACUUAACUGGUGUACUCUUAAAGAAAGAUACAAUCUAUUUCACACUUUAAGACAUUUCAUUUUUUAAAUAAUAUAACUUCUAUAUAAUAAGAUAUACACCCUUGCUUCGAGGAUGCUGCUUCAUUAUCAAUUUAGUCACAGAUGCCUUUUCAUUUCCAUUUAUUCAUUUUUCCUGUCCAAACAAUUCCUUAGGGUGUUGUGUUGUCUUUGGUCUUUACUACUGUAUACUGAACAUUUAGAAUAGAGGAGGGGAUAAACUUGUUAUGUAAGCAAAUUCCAUUAGUUAUGGCCAAAGCUCUUUUCUUUAUGUGUUGAAUGAGCACAGGAGAGGAAAUAUGCCCCUUUUGAUGUUAUUUUCUGGCAUAAGGAAUGCUCUUAGAAAGGAUGAAUUAGGCCUUGAAAUAAUGCAGAUUUCAGUUCCUACCAUUAUGGCUUUAGCAGCAGAUCCUAUUGCUUCUCUCAUUGAUACUGCAUUCAUUGGCCACAUAGGUCCGGUGGAGCUUGCUGCUGUGGGAGUUUCAAUUGCUAUUUUUAAUCAAGUAUCAAAAAUUGCAAUAAUUCCACUAGUUAGUGUUACAACCUCUUUAGUUGCCGAGGAAGAUGCCGCCGAUAAAUUACAUACUCAGCCAUCAAUAAAAGAAAUGCUUAUCAAGGGCUCUUCAGUUAUUGAGGAUAUACAGUUGGAAGUAGAAGAGAAUAUAGAGCAAACUGCAGAUCCAGAGUGUAGCACAUCAUCAACAAAUAUUGACAGAGUAGUUAAAUUUGGACAUGAUAAAAGCUAUAUUCCAUCAGCAUCAUCAGCAAUAGUUAUUGGUGGUGUGCUCGGAGUCCUACAAACUCUCUUUAUAAUUUUUACGGCUAAACCGGUUUUGAAUUACAUGGGGAUUCAUUCUAAUUCUCCCAUGUUAAAACCAGCACAACAAUACUUGAUAUUGAGGUCCUUUGGUGCACCAGCUGUUAUUCUUUCUAUGGCAAUAAGAACUCCUUUAUAUGCUACAAUUAUUGGAGAUGUAACGAAUAUCAUUUUAGAUCCAUUACUUAUGUUCACAUUCCGGUUGGGAGUUAGUGGAGCAGCUAUAGCCCAUAUUGUUUCGCAGUACUUGAUUUCCUUAAUUCUGUUGUGGAGUUUAAUGAAACAAGUUGUUCUUCUGCCUCCAAGUUUCCAAGAUUUCCAAUUUCGAAAGAUUCUGAAAAAUGGAUUUCUGUUAUUGGUUAAAGUUACAGCUGUUACAUUCUGUGUGACAUUGUCAGCAUCCCUAGCAGCAAGAGAAGGAUCAACAACAAUGGCUGCAUUUCAAAUCUGCUUACAGAUUUGGAUGGCAACCUCUUUGCUUGCUGAUGGAUUGGCUGUUGCCGGACAAGCCAUUAUUGCAAGUGCAUUUGCAAGAAGGGAUUACAACAUGGUCAUUGCAUCUGCGUCACGUGUGCUGCAGCUUGGCUUGAUUCUAGGACUGUUGCUUUCGUUUCUUCUUUUUAGCUUACUUCCAUUUGCUUCUAGAUUAUUUACGAAUGACAUCAAUGUUCUCCAACUUAUCGGUAUUGGCAUUCCGUAUGUUGCAGCCACUCAACCCAUCAAUGCUCUUGCAUUUGUUUUUGAUGGAGUCAACUAUGGAGUUUCAGAUUUCAUAUACUCUGCUUAUUCAAUGAUUAUGGUGGCAUCAGUGAGCAUAUUUUGCUUAUAUAUGUUAUCCUCAAGCCUAGGCUUUACUGGCAUAUGGAUUGCAUUGUCCAUUUACAUGAGUCUAAGAAUAUUUGCAGGCUUUUGGAGGAUUGGUACUGGAUCAGGACCUUGGAGUUUCCUUAAAGACCAAUAAUCCAUACUGUUACAAAAUCAUUGAGUUUUGAUAUAGAGUCUCUUAUUUCUCAGAUCAAUCAAUUCUGAAGAGAAUAACAAUCCAUCACAGAGAAGUAGAAGGUGUUGUUUUAUUUGACUGGAUUAAUUUAUUCUAUAUGUAUAUAUAAAUGUGUAUGUGAAAGGUAAUCAU